AUGUCCCAACAAGGUUUGUCCCACAUCGCAACGUUUCGAAUCAGCGCAACGUUCUCCGUGAAGAUGCAGCAGUUCCAUGUCGGUAUCGCGUUCGGCUUCAUUGCAUACGUGAUCUGGGGAUGCAGUGCGAUCUACUGGAAGCAGCUCACGUCGAUCCCGGCCAUGCAAUUGCUGUGUCAUCGCAUUGUAUGGGCGUUCCCUAUCGCAGUCGCCGUGCUCUACGUCAACAGCGUGGCACGGACGACGUGGACGGCGGCCCGCACGUGGUCCGUCCUUCGUUUCUACAUGCUGUCCGGCACGCUUCUGGGAGUGAAUCUAUUUGUGAGCAUUUGGGCGACGAACGCAGGCUACAUCGUCGAAAUGAGCCUCGGGUACUUUAUGAGUCCCCUCGUCAGCGUGUUCCUUGGCGUAGUCGUCCUUCGCGAGAAGCUUCGGUUGUGGCAAUGGGCCGCCGUGAUUCUCGCAGUCUGCGGCGUUGCCACAGUCACGUUCUUGUAUGGAAAGUUCCCGUGGAUUGCGCUCGUCCUGGCGUUUGACUUUGGGUUUUAUGCACUCAUGGCGAAGAAGGCGCCGCUCAAGUCCAUCCAAGGGAUCGCGAUCGAGUUUGCGUACUUGUCGGUGCCGUGCUGGAUCUACUUGUUUGUCGAAGAAGGUCGCGGGGUGGGGGCGUUUGGUCACACUGGCGUUGGCAACGACUUCCUCAUGGUCGGCCUUGGAGUCCUCACAAUCUCGCCGCAACUGCUCUUCACGACCGCCAUCAAGCACAUCCCGAUGACGAUCAUGGGACUGCUACAGUUCAUCGGGCCGACGCUGAACGUUCUCGUCGGUAUUUUCUUGUACCACGAGCCAUUUGAAGCGACCAAAGCCGUGGGGUUUGCCCAGGUCUGGGCUGGAUUGGUCAUUUACACGAUGGAUACGUUCCUUGCGCCGCGCAAGUCUUUGGAACAACCCGUGGACCGCCCGCAUGGUGAUGCCGAAGCGCACGACGAUUCCACGGGUACCUGCUCUACGCGGGACAGGAAUCCAUGGCACGCCGCACCACCACCGACGCCGCCAUCGGGACAAGCGCUCGAGAUGGCCGCGUCGAACGAAUCGUUCCGGACGCUACAGGACACGUCCCAUGUGUAGACAUGGCGCGUCGUCAGCCAAGUGGGAGCCAUUCGCUUCGUCGCGCCAUCGAGCACACUCACGUCAGUCGGCGCGUAAGUUGAAUUCCAUGCCUGCCGUUCCUCUCUCAAACCACAGACGAAUUUUGUCCUGCUGUCAUGCACUUGCUUUCGAUUUUUUCAACUGUUGCGGCUCUUUGGCCAACGGUAAAG